UGCUUGGCGGGGCUUGGCGCACCUCCCACUUUCUGCCUAAUCUCGAAGAAACGCGCAUCGUUUUCGCCAGUGAAUCAAUCUCACAUGGAUAACCCGUCCUUCUAGGCGCUAUAGAUUGUAUGCUGAUGCUCUGGGACAACGUGGGCUGAAGACUAUCUCGCUCUACACGCAUGUGUUACUUCGCAUGCGUAUCCUGCAGGAGACAGUACUUAUAUCCAAGGGUUAAGACUGCCUGUGCUUCAGCCGCUUGCCGCUUUCCGUUCGAGUCUCCAUGGUCUCCUUCCCCAAGUGCUUUACUUCGAUUCUGGCCCUCGCUGCGCUUGGGACACCGGCUCUUGGUGCUCUCCCGACCCCAGUGUCGGUUGCAAUGGCAAAAAGCUACCUUGGGCAGCUCAAGGUGGCUGUCGACAGCAACGUGCCAGCGUACGCGCGCAGUCAGUUCAAGUUGUGGGAUACCAUUUCUGGCAACUGCAACACCCGUGAAACUGUGCUCAUUCGGGAUGGGACGAAUGUUGUGACGAGCUCAGCUUGCGCAGCCACCUCUGGCAACUGGGUCAGUCCUUACGAUGGUGUAGCUACAACCCUUGCCAGCGAUCUGGACAUUGACCAUCUUGUACCUCUGAAAGAGGCUUGGGUCUCCGGGGCCCGUGACUGGACACCCGCCCAACGAGAAGCCUUUGCAAACGAUCUCACGAGACCACAGUUGGUUGCAGUUACCGAUAACUUGAAUCAAGCCAAGGGAGACAAAGAUCCCGCGUCGUUUGUUCCUCCUCUUGCAAGUUAUGUCUGCACUUAUGUGCGCGCCUGGAUCGAAGUGAAACACUAUUACAACCUGACCAUCGACUCGACGGAAAGCACGGCAUUGCACAGCUACAUCAAUGGCUGUUGAAUGUCUGAUUGUAUCAAUUUUAUCCAUCUCAAGGGAAUGUGUCUAUGUUGAAGCCCUUACGUUUCUGUGUUAUCUACUAUCGCAUGGCCUAGAAACCAUCCAGCACUCUCUGCUUCUCAUGCCGUUUUAAGCUUCCAUCAACGUCGGUGCUGGACCGUGCCGGAGAGCAGC